UAACAGAAGCGAAACUCCUCUAAUUAUAAAGCUGCCUUAUUGUAAUGGUUCAUAUUAUGUGCUCUUUCGUCAAAAGAAGGGAAAAAGGAUAUGGAGAAAAACAAGUUUCUAACAAGUGUAGUAGUUGUAAUACUUGUGUUGCCAUAUGCAGAUGCAACCUUCUCAGGGACUAAAGUUAAGAAACACUUCGUGCUAGUGCAUACGGUAGGCCAUGGAGCCUGGUCCUGGUACAAGAUUGUAGCAUUGAUGAGAUCUUCAGGGUAUAAUGUCACAGCUAUUGACUUGGGUGCUUCAGGAAUCAACCCGAAACAGGCCCUUGAAAUCCCACAUUUUUCUGAUUACUUGAGUCCGCUAAUGGAGUUCAUGGCUUCCUUUCCUACUAAUAAAAAAGUAGCUCGUGUAGGCCAUAGCCUUGGUGGACUUGCCAUUUCUAAAGCCAUGGAAAUAUUCCCCGAAAAGAUUUCAGUUGCUGUAUUUGUCACUGCUCUAAUGCCUGGUCCAACUCUCAAUGCAGCCACCCUCUACACUCAGGUACCAAUUUUCCAUAAUCCCAACUUAAGCCAUGAGAUUAUCUGUUAUACAUUCAGUGCAGUAAUAGGUCAACUUGAUAAUCGUGUUGCAUAUGAUAAUGGACUUACGAAUCCUCCAACCACCUUGAUCCUAGGUCUGAAGUACUUGGCAACUAAUAUCUACCAGCUGAGCUCAAAUCAGGAUUUGGCAUUGGCCACUACACUAGUAAGGCCAAUAUACUUGUACAGUGUGAAAGAUGUUUCUAUGGAGAUAGUUCUUUCAAGAAAAAGGUACGGAUCAGUUAGGAAAGUAUUCAUUGUUGCUGCUGAUGAUAACCUUCUGAAGAAGGAAAUUCAGAAGAGGAUGAUUGAAAAGAAUCCACCAGAUGAAGUGGAAGUGAUCCAAGGCUCUGAUCACAUGACCAUGAUGUCUACACCCCUUCAACUUUUUACUACUCUGCUGAACAUUGCCAACAAGUAUAACUAA